AUGCCCGAUGCCCGGAGGAAGCAGGCGGUUACCGAUCGAAUAAGGGGGUAUGCAGCGACCGGGAUAUCCCAAUGCGAUCCAUUCAGAUUACAGACUGUGGACCAGACGCUCAGUCCAUUUCCUGGCACGCGAAGUACCAUUCGCCAGGCUGCUGCUCUCAACAUGACUUCAAAUACACAUGCACCAGGUGUUAACGCGAAUACGCCCAAAUCACGUCUACAUCUACAGUACUUACUCAGCAAGCAAAUACACGAAGCCAGCCAGCCUCUUAACACUAGUUCGGCUAGCAUGCCUGCGUGCCUAUGA